UGUGUGCCACCAGAGGAAGCAGCAGCAAGAAGCAGGACAUCGAUCCGAAGGAGACAGCUCGGGGAGGGGGACGCUGGGGGCAGACACCCUCUCUCCCGCGCGCGCGCGCGCGCACACACACACACACACACACACACACACACCGCACAGUCACACACACAAGCCAUAGGGCCUCGCAGGCAGGGAGACGGCUCCGGGACCGGAGGGAGGCAGCGCCGCCGCGAGCGGUCCGGAGGAGAGGGCGAGGCAGCGGGGGGAGACCUUGGUCCGGCUCCCGGGUCCGGGGCCCCCGCGCGCACACCGGCCCUGAGACACCCUCGCAGACACUCGUAGGCGCGCACGCGCACCCUCUCCCUUCCCCCUCCGCCUCCCCUCCUGCCGCCUCCCGGCCGGACGAUGGAUCCCUGCAGAUCCCGGGGCUGAGAGGACCGCGCACCGCGCACCGCGCCGAGCCCGGGCGGACCCAGCCGAGGCAAGCAAACGAGUGAGCGCGCGCGGGCGGGCGAACAGAGCCGAGUCGAGCCGGGCCGGGCGGGCCGCUCCCUGCAGGGCUCUGCGCGGCGUGCCGCGGCGGCCGCCGGCUCCCGCUCCGGGCCAUGAGCCCUUCCGCGGCUCGGCGUUGAACCCGCGUCCGGCCCCGCGCCCCAGGACCUGCCGCCAGUUGCCGGGUGCCCGAAGCCCCCUCAGGAUCCCCUUGGCCAGGAUGGAACUGAAGGCUGAGGAGGAGGAGGUGGGUGGCGUCCAGCCUGUGAGCAUCCAGGCCUUUGCCAGCAGCUCCACGCUGCAUGGCCUGGCCCACAUCUUCUCCUACGAGCGGCUGUCUCUGAAGCGGGCACUCUGGGCCCUGUGCUUCCUGGGCUCCCUGGCUGUGCUGCUGUGUGUGUGCACCGAGCGGGUGCAGUAUUACUUCCACUACCACCACGUCACGAAGCUCGACGAGGUGGCUGCCUCCCAGCUCACCUUCCCUGCCGUCACGCUGUGCAACCUCAACGAGUUCCGCUUUAGCCAAGUCUCCAAGAAUGACCUGUACCACGCUGGGGAGCUGCUGGCCCUGCUCAACAACAGAUAUGAGAUACCAGACACCCAGAUGGCAGAUGAAAAGCAGCUGGAGAUACUGCAGGACAAGGCUAACUUCCGCAGCUUCAAGCCCAAGCCCUUCAACAUGCGUGAGUUCUACGACCGUGCAGGGCAUGACAUUCGAGACAUGUUGCUCUCCUGCCACUUUCGGGGGGAGGUCUGCAGCGCCGAAGACUUCAAGGUGGUCUUCACACGGUACGGAAAGUGUUACACGUUCAACUCGGGCCGAGAUGGGCGUCCGCGGCUGAAGACCAUGAAGGGUGGGACAGGCAAUGGGCUGGAGAUCAUGCUGGACAUCCAGCAGGAUGAGUACCUGCCUGUAUGGGGGGAGACCGAUGAGACGUCCUUCGAAGCCGGCAUCAAAGUGCAGAUCCAUAGUCAGGACGAACCUCCCUUCAUUGACCAGCUGGGCUUUGGUGUGGCCCCAGGGUUCCAGACCUUUGUGGCCUGCCAGGAGCAGCGGCAGCUCAUCUACCUGCCCCCACCAUGGGGUACCUGCAAAGCUGUUACCAUGGACUUGGAUUUCUUCGACUCCUACAGCAUUACCGCCUGCCGCAUUGACUGUGAGACACGCUACCUGGUGGAGAACUGUAACUGCCGCAUGGUGCACAUGCCAGGGGAUGCCCCGUACUGCACUCCAGAGCAGUACAAGGAGUGUGCGGAUCCUGCUCUGGACUUCCUGGUGGAGAAGGACCAGGAGUACUGUGUGUGUGAAAUGCCCUGCAACCUGACCCGCUAUGGCAAGGAGCUGUCCAUGGUCAAGAUCCCCAGCAAAGCAUCAGCCAAGUACCUGGCCAAGAAGUUCAAUAAAUCUGAGCAGUACAUAGGGGAGAACAUCCUGGUGCUGGACAUAUUCUUUGAAGUCCUCAACUAUGAGACCAUUGAGCAGAAGAAGGCCUAUGAGAUUGCAGGGCUCCUGGGUGACAUUGGGGGCCAGAUGGGGCUGUUCAUCGGGGCCAGCAUCCUCACGGUGCUGGAGCUCUUUGACUACGCCUACGAGGUCAUUAAGCACAAACUGUGCAGACGAGGGAAGUGCCAGAAGGAGGCCAAAAGGAGCAGCGCGGACAAAGGCGUGGCCCUCAGCCUGGAUGACGUCAAAAGACAUAACCCGUGUGAGAGCCUCCGGGGCCAUCCUGCUGGGAUGACGUACGCUGCCAACAUCCUACCUCACCAUCCGGCCCGAGGCACUUUCGAGGACUUUACCUGCUGAGCUCCGCAGGCCACUGUACCAAAGGCCAAGAUGGGGAGGGCUAGGAGUGCAAGGGGCCCAGCUGCCCCCCCAACAUCUGGGUGGCUUACUCCCCCCUCCCAAGGCAGCCCCCCACUCCCGGGCAGUUCCUUCCUCUUGUCUGUGGUGAGGAAGGUGUCUUACCAUAGAGUCUUCUCCCCGCCUCUGUCCCUCUUUUUAUUUUUAACAAAACUAAUCUAAAAAAAAUUAAAAAGAGAGAAUGGGGCAAGUGACCUCAGGCUGCCCCUGUCUGCUCCAUGCUGCCUCCCCCAGCUCCCGGCCUGAAUUCUGUCUGUCUGGCUGUCUGUCAUCUGAGUGUCCGCCUACAUUCUGUUGUCACCAGUCAUCAAAGCCCCCCUCAGCGGGGCAUGGAGGAGAUCUUCAGGGCUUGGAAUUUGGCCCCAAAUCAGAGAAUGUACCUUCAAGGGGAGGGUUAGUUGGGGGAGGGGCUUCCCCAGCCUUAAGAAACCCUCUGGCCCAGUGACUCCCCCCAGUCCCAAGUUUCCAGGUAGGAACUAAGAACCUAUCUCUCCCUACACACCAAGUGCAGUGUCUAGGGAGGUGGGGGUGGGGGAUCCCUUGAAGAAGUGGAGAUGGGGACAAGACCUGGCCCUGGUGCUGUAGGCCACCUCCAGACACCUACAAGUCCACCCCCCACCCUAGAACUACUGGAGAGAAAUCCCAAGAGGCAGUCCUCCUCUACCAUCCCAUCAAAGAUCCAGUGGGUUGACUUCCAGCUCAGGGAGAGGGGCACUGGUGCCUAACCUCACUGGUCCUUCUCCCAGGGUCCCCUGUAGAGGGCCACAUCCAUAAAUUUUCUUAUGGAACUCUCCCAAGUCCUCUUACCCAACUUCAUUUGCUUCUCUCAACAGCCUCAUCUGCAUUUUCUAUUUCUAUAUGAUACAGACUCUAUAUUGCUAUAUCUCUGUAUAUACUUUCCCCUAACUCUGUCCAUCUCUACCCCAUUCCCUCUUGUCUCUAAGAACCAUCCUUGCACCCCAAGUUCCCCUUUCUGUGUUUCUGCCUUCCCCCCGAUCUCUGAAUGCCUUCGCCUGUAUAAAGAAUUGGACUCUCUCCCCUGGUGUCUGUACUGUGUACACACAUCCCUCUGAGAAGCACAAGGAGACGACACGCGCAUUGUAACCUUCGCACUGUCUCGGUGGCGACAUAAAGGAAGCUGUGAAUCACAAGCUCUGCCUCUUACUGGCCUCACCCUCUUUCUCCAACCUGGGCACCUUCUGCCCUCCCUGUAGCCUUAACAUUCCCUUCCCUGCUCCAGCCUACCCCAGUGCUCAUUGCCUGGUUCACUGUGGCCUCCUUAGGGAAGGGGUUGCUACCGAAAGAACCCCUACCCAGGGGAUGGAGAUCUGUUCUUCACAUUAAGCCCAGGAUGUCAGAGACAGAUGGAGCUAUGGAUUGGUGACUUUUGCACUUGGAGAAGUGGGGUGUUGACAGGCAGAAGGUGAGGUCCUGAGUCUGUGGCUUUCCCCCUCUUCUGGGUGCCCAGUCCCCUUCCCUCACCUGAUACCCAAGCCCACCACUUAUAUUUUCUGGUGAGGUACUAUUUGGUAGUGGGAGGAAAGAGAGGCAGAGAGGGGAAGUUGAAAGCUCUGCUGUUCUGUCCCUCCCUUCCUACCUUAGUGAGAAAAGAGUGAGGUAGAGGAUCUGCUGCGCCCCCUCCACCAGGCACUCUUCUCAGGCCAGCUCAAGCCCUGACCCUUCCCGGGUCUGCCCAGCUGCCUCUUGGUCUCCAACCCCAGAAUAGAACCUGUGGCAGGUCACCUGUGCAUUGGCCUGGAGCUGGAGAGUGACGCUUAGCAUCUUUGGGAACUCUUGGUUCCUAGGAGUUCCUUAGAGAUUUGACCUCUCCGGAGGGAAAAAGAAGCCAGUCCAAGGGGUGUGCACCAGUUAGGGAAUAGCAAGGCAGGGCUGUGGAUGACGCAUGCCUCUGGUCUAAUAAACUGGGUUUCAACCACCUCCUCUUCAGUGUCAUUC